CGGCCAUCGCCUGAUCCCACAGAAGAAAGCAACUUUCUUCUCGAUUGAAGCAGUAUAAAAUAUUGGCUGCUUCGUUAAUCCUUUAUAGUUUCUCUUUGGGUUAUUCCAGUCCAGUAAACGGUUACAUCCAGCCAUGAUGCAGCUCAGCAACGACACACAAUGCAACAAGCACUCGCUGCUCAACGUCAUGAACCGGUUCAUUGCUGCUGCCAACAACAUGGACGAGACCAUCAUGGUGCCAAGCUUACUGCGGGAUGUGCCUCUGGAGGACCAAGACAGCCAAGCCUCUGUUAGUCACAAUAACAACGAGCCCUCUUUCCCCAGCAAACAGAGGGAUAUGUAUGAGCACUACCUGCUGUUAAAGUCCAUCAAGAACGACAUGGAGUGGGGCCUGCUGAAGAGGGAGAUGGGCGGUAGCUUUCUAGAGAUGGCAGUGAAGCACGAAGAGCUGCAGGUGGAUGGCGGAGCUGCAGAGGAGGGUGCUGACCUGGAGGGCCAGUUCCACUACCACCUCCAUGGACUGUUUGCGGUUCUGUCCAAGCUGACGGUCCAGGCUGAUGACCUCACGAAUCGUUACAAGAGAGAAAUCGGUGGAGGUAGCCUGUUGCGAUAGGAUUGAUUCGUUUAGAAUUAAAAUGGACUCCUCUUGAACUGUUGGACUGGGAAGUGAAUGGGUGGCAGUGGUCCUAAAGGGCUUUAGAUUCCCCUCUGCCAUCAAAAAAGGGUUUCUUGCCUGAAUCUGUUGUCCUGUGGCCUGUCCUGGUGGUAUCUGGUACUUUCAGGAAGUUUCCUUUAGACCUUAAAGGGCUAUGAGAGUAAUGAGGUUUUUAUACUGACCAUUUCAGCAGCAUGCAUCUAUUCCAGCUAGGCUUUAGUUUUGGGUUUUGUUUUAAGUCUCUAUGCCAGGUUAGAAAGCCCUUGACAUUGUCAUUUAAAGCUGUAGAAGAAUGUGAAUGCUGGUAAUUCAGU